CACCGAUAAUGAAGUCUAUUGAUCCUAUUCUCCUCGGAUGAUAAGUCCGUUAAGAAUCGAUUUGGGACAUUAUUUUUGGAUGGCAUUUUCGUAAUUUCUUGGGCGACGAAAGGCCAUUUUCAUUGGAUAUUGAAGGCUACAAAUCACGGAUUCGGCCUGAGGCUAUUCUCCAACGAUGAUUGAGUCCAUUAACCACCGAUUUGGCCGGAUUUAUUACGGGUCAAUUUUUCGCAGGUUCCAAAGGGGUACCAUCACAGAUUUCGGGCGAUUUAUCCGAAAUGUCAUUUUCUUUCGAUUCUGGAGGCUACAGAUCACGGAAUCAGGGCGACACCAUUCUCCACCGAUAAUGAAGUCUAUUGAUCCUAUUCUCAACGGAUGAUAAGUCCGUUAAGCAUCGAUUUGGGCCAAUUUAUUUUCGAAUGACAUUUUCGUAAUUUCUUGGGUGACGAAAGGCCAUUUUCAUUGGAUAUUGAAGGUUACAGAUCACGGAUUCGGCCUGAGGCUAUUCUCCAACGAUGAUUGAGUCCAUUAAACACAGAUUUGGGCGGAUUUAUUCCGGAUCUUUUUUUGACAGAUUCCAAAGGGGUACCAUCACAAAUUUCGGACGAUUUAUCCGAAAUCCCAUUUUCUUUCGAUUCUGGAGUCUACAGAUCACGAAAUUAGGCCGAGGAUAUUCUACACCGGUAAUGAAGUCUAUUGAUCCUAUUCUCCACGGAUGAUAAGUCCGUUAAGCAUCGAUUUGGGCCAAUUUAUUUUCGAUGGCAUUUUCUUAAUUUCUUGGGCGACGAAAGACUAUUUUCUUUGGAUAUUAAAGGCUACAGACCACGGAUUCGGCCUGAGGCUAUUUUCCAACGAUGAUUGAGUCCAUUAAACACAGAUUUGGGCGGAUUUACUCCGGGUCUUUUUUUGACAGAUUCCAAAGGGGUACCAUCACAGAUUUCAGGCGAUUUAUCCGAAAUGCCAUUUUCUUUCGAUUCUGGAGGCUACACAUCACGGAAUCAGGCCGAGGCUAUUCUCCACCGAUAAUGAAGUCUAUUGAUCCUAUUCUCCACGCAUGAUAAGUCCGUUAAGCAUCGAUUUGGGCCAAUUUAUUUUCGGAUGGCAUUUUCGUAAUUUCUUGGACGAAGAAAGACCAUUUUCUUUGGAUAUUGAAGGCUACAGAUCACGGAUUCGACCUGAGGCUAUUCUCCAACAAUGAUUGAGUCCAUUAAACACAGAUUUGGGCGGAUUUAUUCCGGGUCAAUUUUUGGCAGAUUCCAAAGGGGUACCAUCACAGAUUUCGGGCGAUUUAUCCGAAAUGCCAUUUUCUUUCGAUUCUGGAAGCUACAGAUCACGGAAUCAGGCGUAGGCUAUUCUCCACCGAUAAUGAAGUCUAUUGAUCCUAUUCUCCACGGAUGAUAAGUCCGUUAAGCAUCGAUUUGGGCCAAUUUAUUUUCGGAUGGCAUUUUCAUAAUUUCUUGGGCGAAGAAAGGCCAUUUUCUUUGGAUAUUGAAGGCUAAAGAUCACGGAUUCGGCUUGAGGCUAUUCUCCAACAAUGAUUGAGUCCAUUAAACACAGAUUUGGGCGGAUUUAUUCCGGGUCAAUUUUUGGCAGAUUCCAAAGGGCUACCAUCAUAGAUUUCGGGCGAUUUAUCCGAAAUGCCAUUUUCUUUCGACUCUUGAGGCUACAGAUCACGAAAUCAGGCCGAGGAUAUUCUCCACCGAUAAUGAAGUCUAUUGAUCCUAUUCUCCACGGAUGAUAAGUCCGUUAAGCAUCGAUUUGGGCCAAUUUAUUUUCGAUGGCAUUUUCUUAAUUUCUUGGGCGACGAAAGACCAUUUUCUUUGGAUAUUGAAGGCUACAGAUCCCGGAUUCGGCUUGAGCUAUUCUCCAACGAUGAUUGAGUCCAUUAAGCACCGAUUUGGGCGGAUUUAUUCCGGGUCAAUUUUUGGCAGAUUCCAAAGGGGUACCAUCACAGAUUUUAGGCGAUUUAUCCGAAAUGCCAUUUUCUUUCGAUUCUGGAGGCUACAGAUCACGGAAUCAGGCAGAGGCUAUUCUCCACCGAUAAUGAAGGCUAUUGAUCUUAUUCUCCACUGAUGAUGAAGUCUAUUGAUCCUAUUCUCCACGGAUGAUAAGUCCGUUAAGAAUUGAUUUGGGCCAAUUUAUUUUCGAAUGGCAUUUUCGUAAUUUCUUGGGCGACGAAAGGCCAUUUUCAUUGGAUAUUGAAGGCUACAGAUCACGGAUUCGGCCUGAGGCUAUUCUCCAACGAUCUUUGAGUCCAUUAAGCACCGAUUUGGGCAAAUUUAUUCCGGGUCAAUUUUUGGCAGAUUCCAAAGGGGUGCCAUCACAGAUUUCGGGCGAUUUAUCCAAAAUGCCAUUUUCUUUCGAUUAUGGAGGCUACAGAUCACGGAAUAAGGCCGAGGCUAUUCUGCACCGAUAAUGAAGUCUAUUGAUCCUCUUCUACACGGAUGAUAAGUCCGUUAAGCAUCGAUUUAGGCCGAUUUAUUUUUGGAUGGCAUUUUCGUAAUUUCUUGGCGACGAAAGGCCAUUUUCAAUGGAUAUUGAAGUCUACAGAUCACGGAUUCGGCCUGAGGCUAUUCACCAACGAUGAUUGAGACCAUUAAGCACCGAUUUGGGCGGAUUUAUUACGGGUCAAUUUUUGGCAAAUUCCAAAGGGGUAGCAUCACAGAAUUCGGGCGAUUUAUUCGAAAUGCCAUUUUCUUUCGAUUCUAGAGGCUAAAGAUCACGGAAUCAGGCCGAGGCUAUUCUCCACCGAUAAUGAAGUCUAUUGAUCCUAUUCUCCACUAAUGAUAAGUCCGUUAAGAAUCGAUUUGGGCCAAUUUAUUUUCGAAUGGCAUUUUCGUAAUUUCUUGGGCGACGAAAGGCCAUUUUCAUUGGAUAUUGAAGGCUAAAGAUCACAGAUUCGGCGUGAGGCUAUUCUCCAACGAUGAUUGAGUCCAUUAAGCACCGAUUUGAGCUGAUUUAUUCCUUGUCAAUUUUUGGCAGAUUCCUAGGGGGUACCAUCACAGAUUUCGGCCAAUUUAUCCGAAAUGCCAUUUUCUGUCAAUUUUGGAGGCUACAGAUCACGGAAUCAGGCCGAGGCUAUUCUCUGCCGAUAAUGAAGUCUAAUGAUCCUAUUCUCCACGGAUGAUAAGUCCGUUAAGCAUCGAUUUGGGCCAAUUUAUUUUCGGAUGGCAUUUUUGUAAUUUCUUGGACGAAGAAAUACCAUUUUCUUUGGAUAUUGAAGGCUACAGAUCACGGAUUCGGCCUGAGGCUAUUCACCAACAAUGAUUGAGACCAUUAAACACAGAUUUGGGCGGAUUUAUUUCGGGUCAAUUUUUUGCAGAUUCCAAAGUGGUACCAUCACAGAUUUCGGGCAAUUUAUCCGAAAUGCCAUUUUCUGUCGAUUUUGGAGGCUACAGAUCACGGAAUCAGGCCGAGGCUAUUCUCCGCCGAUAAUGAAGUCUAUUGAUCUUAUUCUCCACGGAUGAUAAGUCCGUUAAGCAUCGAUUUGGGCCAAUUUAUUUUUGGAUGACAUUUUCGUAAUUUCUUGGCGGACGAAAGGCCAUUUUCAUUGGAAAUUGAAGGCUACAGAUCACGUAUUCGGCUUGAGGCUAUUCUCCAACGAUGAUUGAGUCCAUAAAGCACCGAUUUGGGCGGAUUUAUAAGGGGUCAAUUUUUGGCAGAUUCCAAAGGGGUACACCAUCACAAAUUUCGGGGGAUUUAUCCGAAAUUCCAUUUCCUUUCGAUUCUGGAGGCUACAGAUCAGGGAAUCAGGCCGAGGCUAUUCUCCACCGAUAAUGAAGUCUAUUGAUCCUAUUCUCCGCGGAUGAUAAGUCGGUUAAGCAUCGAUUUGGGCCAAUUUAUUUUUGGAUGGCAUUUUCGUAAUUUCUUGGGCGACGAAAGGCCAUUUUCAUUGGAUAUUGAAGGCUACAGAUCACGGAUUCGUCCUGAGGCUAUUCUCCAACGAUGAUUGAGUCCAUUAAGCACCGAUUUGGGCGGAUUCAUUCCGGGUCAAUUUUUGGCAGAUUCCAAAGGGGUAGCAUCACAGAAUUCGGGCGAUUUAUCCUGAAUGCCUUUUUCUUUUGAUUUUGGAGGCUACAGAUCACGGAAUCAGGCCGAGGCUAUUCUCCACCGAUAAUGAAGUCUAUUGAUCCUA